AUUAUGAUUAAGACAAGUAGAUUAUGUUUGAAUUAAGGAAUUAAACAUCCAUAAAAAGGAAAAGAAAAGAGAGAAAAAAGAGAAGCCUGGAGCUGGUUGGUUGGUGUUUGUGAAGAGUAUAUAAAUAGCACAAUCCUUCUUCUUUGUUUUUACACAUCACAUAACACAAAUACAAGAAAGAAGAAGAAAAAAAGAAAAAAAAGAAGAGAUCCAUCAUUUCAUUUUCCUCUUCUUUUCAAUCCAAUGGCCGAUCAACUCACUGACGAACAGAUCUCCGAGUUCAAGGAGGCAUUCAGCCUCUUCGACAAGGACGGCGAUGGUUGUAUUACUACCAAGGAACUUGGGACCGUGAUGCGGUCACUUGGGCAGAACCCAACUGAGGCUGAGCUGCAGGACAUGAUAAAUGAGGUUGAUGCUGAUGGCAAUGGCACCAUUGAUUUCCCAGAAUUCCUGAAUCUGAUGGCACGCAAGAUGAAAGACACCGAUUCAGAGGAGGAGCUGAAGGAGGCCUUCCGUGUGUUCGACAAGGAUCAGAAUGGUUUCAUCUCUGCCGCCGAGCUGCGCCACGUGAUGACCAAUCUUGGCGAGAAGCUGACCGACGAGGAAGUCGAUGAGAUGAUCCGGGAGGCUGAUGUUGACGGUGAUGGGCAGAUCAACUAUGAGGAGUUUGUCAAAGUCAUGAUGGCCAAGUGAGGACCAAUCAACCAUAACCAAAAAUUUGAAAAAGCACAUGAACAGAAAAGGACAGGGCAGAUAAGUUUUGAUGAGAAUUCUAUUUUCAUUAGGACAUCAUCAUCUUCAUUUGGGGUCAUUAGUUUUUGUUGGUCGGUUUUGUUUGCUUUAUUUAUUGGUGUUUCUCAUUAGUAUUUCUGCUACUUGUGUGCUCUGUCCCCUUGUUUUAGUAGCUUCCAUUAGCUUUGUCUCACCAUGCAUUUGUACUUCACUUCUCAUCUUUUUUGGGUUACUAUGAACCUCGAACAAUUGGUUGCAAUUUGUGCUUUUUACAUGUGGGUGACUAAAAUACUGUUAAUAUCAUCUUUAUGCUAUAUAUGAUUGUUUCUGUGAUCA